CAUUACGGCACACACAAAGAGAAAGACCGAUUCCGUAGAGCAAAUCAAUGGAAAUGUCAAAUGCAUAAAACAUGGCGUGCUUAAUGUGUUUUCCAUAAAAUUCCCAUUCAAUGCCAAACAAACGAUAAACAAAUUAGAUAGUGUAGAACUUUGGUUUUUGCAAAUAAGCCAACGAUUGCUUGAUGGAUUUUUGUUUGUCGGGCAGUCGUAAAAGAAAAUCAAGAAAAGUUUCGAAUCGUCUAUUGAUUUAGUCAUUGUUUCCGGACGAGAGUGAAAAAAAGAGUUGAAUCGGCACAAAAACAAAUAAAAUCAUGGGUGCGGUGUUCAAUGAAAUAAUCGAACAAAUCGAGUUGAACUCAGUGAGAUCGAAGCAUAUUUUGAUUGAAACAAGUUAAUUUUUGUAUGGAAAUAAAAUAUGUGGUGCAAGCGAUUCGAUGCAUUUCAAAGUGAUUAAUUGGAAUUGUAUGUUUCCUUUCGUUUCAAUUUCAAUUAAAUUGGCAUUAAAUCGACGAUUUUGUUAAAUGUCGGAGUUCAAAGAAGUGGACGACCGUAAAUUUGGUCAGUUUGUGUUGAACAGUAGUGAUUUUAGUAGCGGAAAUAUCGAUGCGGAAGAAUUGGCAAAUGCAUGUCGACGCCUUGGCAUAUCUGGACCAUUAGAGCCGUUAUUGCGUGAUCUCAAGAAGAAAAACGAUAAAUACGCAACACCAUCAGCACCGACCACCAAAGAAUCGCCACGCAGAACGUCACAACGCAAGGAAAAACGUGCAUCAAGCAAUAGCAAAACAAGACAAUCGCCGGAGCAAUUUCAUUCUUCAUUCAACGAACCAUUUGAUUUUUGUGGCGGCAACGGCAGCAGUGGCAGUGCCGGUGGGGGUGGCGGCGGCGGUGGCGCUGAUUUCGGUAAAAAUUCAUAUGGUAAAGAGUCAUGGGGACGAGACUCAGGUGCACGUGAUUUAUCACCCGAACCAAGUAUGCAUCGAGUGCAUGAUACAUUGUCUGUGUCUGUCGAAACACAACCAAUGGACACCGAAACUGGUGGAACAUCGGCAAUGCUACAUUUAGCCAGUAAAUUACAAGUUGCUGCACUAUCUGCACUCGAAACCGAAGUGGUCGAAUUGUCGGAACGCUUGAAAAUAUCGGAACAGCAACGGGAUUCAAUUCAAAAGAAAUUGAAUGACUCGCUUGAUGACAAAGAACGAACACAACGCCGCUUGGAAUCAAUUGGUGCUGCACACGAAAGUCGCAUCACUGAGAUGCAUUGUGUGAUUGUUGAACUGAAUAAAAAGCUGAAAUUCCAACAGGAAAACGCAAUCCUCGAAGAUCAAGAGCCAGACGGAAGUCGAAGCGUCAGCGAAUUAAGUUUUCAAGAAGGAUCUGUGUACAAUUCGGAAAUGGAAUGCAUCAACUAUGAACAACAAUCGCAAACUGAGCCGCUCGAUGUUAAACUGGAACAGGCCGAAGAAAAGUCAGAGAGUCAUUAUUCGAUGCCACAAAUGGCACCAAAUGCUGGUGGACAAGUGCAGAUUCAAGCAAUGCAAGAGGAGAUUUUGUAUUUGCGUAGCCACAUGGCAUUACUGCAAUCGAAAUUGGCAUCGAUUCAGGAUAACGUGGACAAUGACGCACAAAGCGGAAAAGGAAAUGAUUUUGUGAAUCUUCGUGUGUCGCCGAAUGCCCGGUCAAAUUACACCAGCGACGAUCUAUGCGAAACGGCAGAAAUCUUCGACACAUCUCAUCUCGAUGAGUCGGCAACCAAAGCUCAAAAGUAUAAACAAAAAUUGCAACAAAAACUGACAGUAUCACACGGUUUAUGUGAUAGUUUUUCGGCCUCGUUCAGCUGCAACAACACAAAUCAAUUGGCACAAAAGGGUGCCAUGCAGAGAAGUGACACGCCAACAAAACGCAAUCACAGAAACAUUGAAACCGACAGCAAGGAAAAUGCCGACGUUGAAGUGCAACGGCUGCAACGAUGUGCCGAUCAUUUGCGAGUACAAAACAAUUUGUUGUCAUUGAAUUUGGGUGAUAGUAAAGCACAUUGCGAACACUUGUACUUAUUGUGCGGUAAAUACGAAUCGAAUGCGAUCGCACUGAAUCAGGCGUUGAAUCUUAGUGAUCGCACCAUCGAAGCAUAUGAUGUAAUGCUGGCUUUAUUGGAGAGUAAGUUAGCAAUUUUAGAGCAUGCCGAAUCAGCGAUUGAGAAUCGCAAAGCAGCCGAAUCAGUUGCAAAGCGUUUGAUGGCACGCCUGGAGAACGACAAAAACAUUCAAGGCAACAGCUUGGGACCGUGGCAAGAUGCAGCCACAGUGAUGUACGGUGGAAUCAACAACGAUCACAACGCAUGGACCGAUCAAGAUGAUCAAAAGUUGCGCGAACAAAUGUCAAAACUGAAGGGACAACGAGCCGCCGUACAGAAUACCGUUGUUAAUUUGGAAUCACCGUACAAGGAUUAUGAAGCAAACAGUCCAAAAUUGAAUGAGCAUAUCCAAUACGAAAAUCGGAAAGCCGAUCUGGAAACGGCUGUUCUAAUGGAAGAACUGAUGAAUGUUCGAGAGAAUUUCAACGAUAUGAAAUAUCGAGCCGAACAGGCUGAACGGGAGAAAAAUCUAGCGCUUGAGGCCUUAAUACAUUUACAAGCGCAACUGGCCGAUUCGGAAGCGCUGCUUGCCAUGUCGAAUAAAGAGCGUGCCUCUUACACAGAUGCUGAGCACACUGCGGGCAUUGAACUGGAAUUGGUUGAAGCAUUAGCACGUGAAUCACGGUUGAAAGCACGUCUUCAAGCACUGGCUAGUUCGUUGGAAACAGCAACCAAAUCGUCGGAAGAGAAAUAUGCAUCGACGGUGGCCGAACUUAGACAGGCCAAUUUAUCUCUCACACAAUCGUUGGAUCGAUGCAAGCGAAAAUAUCAAGCACGACUCAAACGAAUGGAGCAACAGCUAAAAGAAUUAUCACCGAAACAAGAUGCAGAAGACAAAAAACUCGUGCCAGAAACCACAUUGUAGACAUUUCGAUAUUGAUUUUCUUUCUUGCACUUAAACAAAUGCGUAUCAACACCAUUCUAUUUUCGGGCUCGCUUAUAGAACAAGAUGAUAAAAGAGAAAAAGAAGAAAAAAAUACACACAAAAUAGUCAAUUUUGGACGAACAUUAUAUUUUCGAUGGAGUAAGCGUCUUUUUUUCGAACAAUUUACAUUCACUAGUUAACAUUAUAAAUGGAUGAGUGAGGAGAGUCAUAAAAGAAGUUGCGGCUUAUGCAUUUUUGAAGCAAUUAGGCUUUAAUUGAAGGUUCACUAUUUACAUGUGUAAGGCUUAAAUUGUUAUCAUAAUUAUAUCAGGAAAUGAAACCAAAAGCAAAGAUCAAGUGAGGGAGACAGAGAGAUAUAGAAAGGGAAAAACAUAGACAGAUAGUCAGAUGGAAGAGGAACAUUUAGAUAAAAAAUCAAUUAAAAUUAUCUUAAAUAUUGUUCAUGAACACAUAAACAUAUUAUGCGCAAUUUAUAUCUCGUCGAAUGGUUUUUUCGCCUCUGGCUUGAAUGGUUGUUUUUACGAUGUUUAUUUGUCCCUUUUACAUUUGUCGUUUGUUCGAAAUGCCAUAGCAAAAUGCACGAAUUCAAUUAGCUUACCAGCUGAAUGUUUGCCUUUUUAGAUGGAAUUAAGAGAUAAAUUUAUUAUUUUUUUGCAUUUUAUAGGUACAUACUCUAUUAUUUCUUGAACACAUGGAAUCUCAUGGGACUGCUGAAUAUUUGAUUUUUUUUUCGUCUACUAAAAUAGCUAAUUGUUGCCAAAUCACUCGUCGCUUAAUUUGACAUAUAAGCUCCACAAUCUAGUUACUUAAGUGAAUAACAAGAAGAAAAGAAGAAACUGAUCCACUCAAAUGAAUGAUUCUCAUUGUAUUCGACGAUUUCAGUGAAUUCGUUUGUGUAUAAUUUAAGUUUUUAAUUUAUUGCAAUAGUGAGAUGAAGAUGAUGAAGAAGAAAAGCGGUACACGUAUCGUAUGCAUCUGCAAUGGCCAUUAAAAAGAGAUGACUUAGGUAUUUUCCCCAUUUAUGUUAUUGUUAUAUUUACUCUGUUACUUCACCGAUUUAUGUCACAUAUUUACAGAUUGAAAGAGAACUACAGAACAUUUAGACAACUGAAUUUAGUGAAUUUGCAUUUUUAAUUAAAUGUGUAUUAAUUUUUCUAUACAAAAUAAAAACAGAGAACAAAAAAGGCAUUCGCAUUAUGUAAUUAAAAGAAAGAGAAACAAAGUUAAAUAAAUAAGAAAAACAACGCUUCGUAUAAUGUAAAGAA